ACAAGAUUUAGCCAUGGAAUCAAAACACACAUUUUGUUUACUUAUCUCCGUUGAACUUUGAACUGCCGUUGCAGAUCGCCACUACUGGUUAAAAAAUGUAAACACAGCCUAGACUCGCAGCAAAAUGGACUUUCGUAACGCCCGGGCACGACAGCCCGAAAUUGUGCGCUCAGUACAAAAGGAUGCACGCUACACCAACGAGCUGGCCGAGGAUCUGUCAGAUAUUUUGCGUUUAACAGGGCCUCGAAACUGGAUCAAAUAUAAUCAACUGUGUCAGUUGAUAGCGCAGCUGAGCUAUCAUGGUUUUGCCUCGCUAAACAAUCUGCAAACGCUGGGUGAGGAGUACACGGGCAUUAUACAGGUCGACGGGAAGUAUAAACAUAUUCCCAGCCGAUUGCUGCAACUGGUUGCAAUCAUAUUGGAAUUCGGUGGGGAUGCCUUGUUUCUCAGAGUGCUGCAAAAGCUGGAGCUCCACAUAGCCGAACAUGAUGAAAUUGUGCCGGACGCCAAGAAGAAGCUGCAGAAGCUGAUACAGUACAUGCGACAGUCUCCUAGUUAUAUCAAGGCGCUGCACAAGUCACUAUUCUAUCUGGAUGCCGGCAAGUAUCAGGUGUCCAAGCGCGUCACGGGCAUCAACUACGUUCUCAUCCGGCACUGGCUGCAGCCCGAGUUCUCGCUGUACGGCUACAAGAUUCUUGGCAUUAUCACAUUCCUGCAAGUCACCGUCUCGUUGGCCAUUGGCGGCUGGGAGGCGUGGAAGGAGCACAAACGCCAGCAGCUGGAGGCACUCAAACAGGCGACCAAAGGUUUUCUGCAGCGUGAGACGAGCACCAAGCCCUUGUCAGUCGAUGUGCCGCAGUGCAUACUUUGUCUGGAGCCGCGCCAGAGCGCCAGCCUAACGCCCUGUGGCCAUCUCUUCUGUUGGAGCUGCAUACUCGACUGGCUGGAGGAGCGCGACGAGUGUCCACUAUGCCGCGAAUCGUUGAAAAAGUCGCAGGUGAUACAGCUACAAAAUUACGUCUAAGUAUUUAAAUGCUAUGGACAAUCUUAAUUGUAUCUUCAUCAUACAGUUGUGUAUAGUAAUUUAUUGAAGCUUUAAUGUACAAUGUUUAAUAAUAAUGAUAUUUAACAGCUUUGGUGGCAUUUGACAAUA